AUGUCCCAACUUGUCAAUCUUCAAUUCCAGCAAAUUCAGUUGGUUCCCAACUGGAAGGAGAUCAGUCAGCUUUUGAGAAGUGCUAUCCAUUUUGAGAAAUCCAUUAUUAUUAAAUGGAUUAAACCGAAGUCAGCAUAUGUUAAAUUAAAUUCUGAUGGUAGUUGCAAAGAGGGAAAGUAUGGAGCUGGAGGUGUGAUAAGGGAUAAAGAGAGUUGCCUUGUCUUUGCCUACUCUUUAGUACUUAGUUCAGGAACUAGCAACUGGGCAGAAGCAGUUGCUCUUCACUGCAGCAUUAAAUGUGCUGAAAGCGACUCUAAAUUAUUAAUGGAUUGUGUUAAUGGUCGUAAUACAAUUCCCUGGAAUAUUGCAAAGGAGGUAGAAGAACUUAAAAAGUUCAUGGAUUAG